AUGAAAAUUGCGGUUUCUUCAUCACUUUCUUCGAAAAAUGGUCUUGCUGCUACUAAGCACCGUUUGUGCAUGUGGCAUAUCAUGCAAAAGUUUCCUCUAAAGCUUAGUAAUCGUUUAUGUAAAGAAACAGACUUUAUGGAGAAAAUGAAAACAUAUAUAUGGUCAACACACCUAGAGAUUGAUGAUUUUGAACAAGGUUGGGAAGCUGUUGUCAAAGAAUUUAAUUUGGAGCAUGAUAAGUGGCUGACUGAGAUGUAUGCUAUUAGAUCAUUGUGGAUUCCGGCCUUUUUCAGAGAUGAGCCUAUGUUUGGGUUGAUGAGAACCACAUCUAGUGCCGUGGAAAGACAAAGAAACGAGACAAAGAGACUGGAUGAAGAGUCGAAAUCAAGCUUUCCUACUACUUUGUCUAGAUGGUUUAUUGAAGACGAUGCAGCUGAUUUGUUCACUCGAACAGUUUUUUACAGAGUUCAGGAGGAAAUUCUGGUAGCUUGUUUGGAUAUGCAGAUAAAGCGAAUGAGUGAAGAAGUGGAUGGUGUUACGAACUUUGAAAUUAAGGAUGUGAAAGUUAAAGAAAAGAUCUUUAAGGUGUCGGUCAGUAAAGAUCAUGCUAUUUGUUCCUGCAAAAAGUUUGUGAUGUGUGGUAUAGUUUGCCGACAUAGCUUAUGUGGCAUGAAGCAAAUUGGAGUAACUAGAUUCCCUAGAAGUCUUCUUCUUAACCAUUGGUCCAAAAUUGCGGAUUGUGGAAGCUCAUGUGAUAUGAUAUCUACUGAUUACUUAAAGAUGGAAAAUGUUUCUUUGAAAUUGAUGAACAUUUGGUUUGACUUUCAUCAAGUUCUUAUUAACAAGGCUGGAUUACAGAUGGAAGCACUGUAG